AUUCUGACUUGCCCUACAUCGCACAUUUAGUUACCGACAGCGAUCUGAACACACGCGUAAUAUUUCUAUAAUUAAAAAUGAAUCUCCUUAGUACAAACGUGAUAAUGAUAAGUCUCCUCACUUCUGUUCACCUGGACACCCUCAAAGAAAUGUUGGAUAAAUCUGAACUAGAAAUGUACAUCACAGAAGCAGUGGCGACAGUUAACCACAGGUACAAGCUGCAUUACCACAUCACGCCACCAGUCGGCUGGAUGAACGGCCCCAACGGAUUCCUGUUUUACAAAGAAGAAUAUCACCUGUUCUACCAAUAUUACCCCUACGACACCCAGUGGGGUCCUAUGCACUGGGGUCACGUGGCGAGCACCAAUCUAAUCGACUGGAGACCGCUUCCCACUGCGCUACGGCCCGCAGACGAACAAUGUUUCUCGGGCAGUGCCAUCGAUAACCAAGGCAUCAUGGUCCUCAUGUACACAGCGCAUCAAUCGACGAAAAAUCCACCUUUCUACAAUGAAUCACAAUAUCUGGCGUUCAGUGUUGACGGCAUAGACUUCCACAAGUACAAAGGCAAUCCUAUCGCCAUAAAACCCCCACCAGGCACUCAAGACUUCAGAGAUCCCAAAGUGUGGCGGCACGGUAUGCACUGGUACGUGGUCCUCGGCAGCAAGACUAGAGACCAAAGGGGCGCGGCGAUACUCUACAGGUCUACAGAUAUGAUUCAUUGGCAAUUCCAAAGCGUCUUGGCUGAGUCCAGCGGAGCCUUGGGCAAUAUGUGGGAGUGGCCCGACUUCUUCGAAAUUAACGGAAAAUUUAUCCUCAUGAUUUCCCCGCGAGGCAUAAUCCCAUCCGGAGACAGAUUCAAAAAUACAUGUCAGACAGGGUACAUUGUUGGCACAUUUAGUUACGCCACAUGUCAAUUCAAACAAGAAGUCGGCUUCCAAGAAUUAGAUUACGGCCACGAUUUUUACGCCACGCAUACAGCUGAGAGAAAUGGCAAAAGAUAUCUGAUUGCAUGGUUUGGGAUGUGGGAGUCUGUCCAUCCCGAAGAUGCCGACGGAUGGGUCGGCGCCAUGACGCUAGUACGCGAACUGGAUUUAGUUGGCAGUCGCAUCUUAAUGAAGCCUGUUGAAGCGAUAACUAGCCUCAGAGAAGAAACUAUUUUAGAAGGAGAAUUUCAUCACAAUGCUUCCAUAGAAUUUGAGAAGACUGGAGAGAUUAUUGUGAACUUGGAUUUGACUGAAAAUAUUGAAUUGGAAAUUACGGGUACUCUCGGUGGCGAUAGACUAUCGGUGCGCUGGAGUCUGGAUGAGGGUAAAAUGGUGGUGGAUAGAAUGGGGGAAAUCAGACAGGUGGGGUGGGAGCCGCUCGAUACUGUCAUUUGGAGAAUCUUCUUGGAUACCAGCUCUUUCGAACUGUUUUGCGGUGAAGGUGAAGUAGUGUUUAGUUCCAGAGUUUACCCUCUUGGUGAAUGGCGAGUAUCUAACAGGGGUCCUCAGUCUCUUCAUGUGGUAGCUUACACUCUAAAAAAAAAGCGCAAGGCAAAUUAAGUGACGAACUUGUUUUUUUUGUGUAGACGAUGUACCAACGACAUGCCUAAUUUGUUGUGUUACUUAUAUUUUUAGUUAUGUAUUGGUUUUGAUUUCGUUGUAGAAUAUGUUUAGAAUUGAACCACACUGUAAUACAAUAUUUUGUUCAUAGAUUUGUUACCUGAGUCAUAUCUAUAAAACUUGUAUCUAGUUCUAGUACCUGGGUACAAAAAAUAAAUUCAUAUUCUAACAGCGGUUGGAAAAUGUAGCGAUUUAUCACAAAACUUUCACAAAUCCUAUAAAUAAUAAUAAAUCACUAUCGUAUUGUGUCCCACAUGACAACUUGCAACGGGAUAUUUUACAUUUUUAUGCGCCGCGGGCGAAAUGCGAAUCGUUCAUCUUGUUCAAAUACAUUCUGCGAUAAAAUGUCGCUUUGAUUUAAAAUAGCUGUCUGUUACAUUUGUAUGAAUAGAAAACUUUAUUAGUAUUUUGCGUGUUUGUUUUUACCGGCUUUGUAAAGGCUCCGAAACUAUUCUGUGGUUGGUCCUGGUUUUAAAUAAA